CGCCGCGGAGGAAAAUAGACGCUCGCCGGCCGGUCAGGGACCAAUCAGGAAGAGUCGCUAUGUGCACGAAGCUUGCAAGCGCAAGCGCAUCGACAACACUCAGAUGGCAUCGCGAUCGUUUCAUCCCCUCGGCAUCCCCUCUGUCUCUUUCUCUCUCUGUUCGCUUUCAUCUCGUUGUCCACCCUCCUCGUCGUCUCUCGCUCUCUCUCUCUCUAUCUCUCUCUUUCCUUUGCGCUCGAGCUUGCGUGCGCAGCAAAACGAGGAGAAGCACGUCCGCGGUGAUUUUCGAAGAAGAGACUCCCCGUCGAGCUCGAAAUCUCCUGCGCAGGUAGCUGGUGCGCCUCGACAUCAUGGGUAAGGAGAAGAUCCAUAUUAACAUCGUGGUGAUCGGCCACGUGGACUCCGGCAAGUCCACCACGACCGGUCACCUGAUCUACAAGUGCGGCGGCAUCGACAAGCGAACGAUCGAGAAAUUCGAGAAGGAGGCGCAGGAGAUGGGCAAGGGCUCGUUCAAGUACGCUUGGGUGCUGGACAAACUGAAGGCGGAGCGCGAGCGCGGCAUCACCAUCGACAUCGCUCUGUGGAAGUUCGAAACGGCUAAAUACUACGUCACCAUCAUCGACGCUCCCGGUCACCGUGAUUUCAUCAAGAACAUGAUCACCGGCACCAGCCAAGCGGACUGCGCGGUGCUGAUCGUCGCCGCCGGUAUUGGCGAAUUUGAGGCGGGAAUCUCGAAGAACGGACAAACGCGCGAACACGCUCUGCUCGCGUUCACGCUCGGCGUCAAGCAGCUGAUCGUUGGCGUCAACAAGAUGGACAUGACCGAUCCGCCGUACUCGGAGACCCGCUUCGAGGAGAUCAAGAAGGAGGUGUCGUCGUACAUCAAGAAGAUCGGCUACAACACCGCCUCGGUCGCCUUCGUGCCGAUCUCCGGCUGGCACGGCGACAACAUGCUCGAACCGUCCCCGAAGACGCCCUGGUACAAGGGCUGGAAGGUGGAGCGCAAGGACGGGAAUGCCGACGGGAAAACGCUCAUUGAGGCGCUCGACGCCAUCUUACCGCCCUCCAGACCGACCGACAAGGCUCUGCGAUUGCCGCUUCAGGACGUCUACAAGAUCGGCGGUAUCGGAACGGUGCCGGUCGGUCGCGUGGAAACCGGUAUCCUGAAGCCAGGUAUGCUGGUGACUUUCGCGCCGGCGGCUCUUACCACUGAGGUGAAAUCGGUCGAGAUGCAUCACGAGGCGUUGACGGAGGCGCUGCCCGGCGACAACGUUGGCUUCAACGUGAAGAACAUCUCCGUGAAGGAACUGAGACGCGGUUACGUGGCCGGCGAUUCCAAGAAUCAGCCGCCGCGCGGCGCCGCCGAUUUCACCGCCCAGGUGAUCGUGUUGAAUCAUCCAGGACAGAUCAGCAACGGCUACACGCCGGUACUAGAUUGCCAUACCGCUCACAUCGCCUGCAAGUUCGCCGAGAUCAAGGAGAAAUGCGACCGUCGUACCGGCAAGACCACCGAGGAGAAUCCGAAGAGCAUCAAGAGCGGAGACGCCGCCAUCGUGAUGCUGCAACCGACCAAGCCGAUGUGCGUCGAGGCUUUCCAGGAAUUCCCGCCUCUGGGCCGCUUUGCUGUUCGCGACAUGCGUCAGACCGUCGCCGUGGGUGUUAUCAAGAGCGUCACCUUCAAAGAUACCCAGGGCAAGGUAACAAAGGCCGCGGAGAAAGCCCAGAAGAAAAAGUAACCAUCAAGCUUCCUCGGAAGCUCGCGGUCCGCCGGCUGGUGCCCUGUGGCGGCAUGCGUGACCAUCGCGCAGGGAUCCACC